UUGGUGUUGAACGUUGAAGCGGUUUAGUCGUCGUUAGUGUUACAAAAGUCAAGUCAUCAAGCAUGGGGAAAUCCUCACGCGAUAAGCGUGAUAUAUAUUACAGACUAGCUAAAGAAGAAGGCUGGAGGGCUCGUAGUGCGUAUAAACUUUUACAGAUUGAUGAUGAGUAUGGGAUUUUAUCUUCCACUGAAAAUACUCCUUUGAAACGGGUAGUUGACCUAUGUGCCGCACCAGGCAGUUGGUCACAAGUGUUAUCAAAGCGUUUGUGGGAAUCUAAAUCCCCAGAGGAUCAGAGAUCUGUGAAAAUUGUAGCUGUAGAUCUGCAAGCUAUGGCUCCAAUACCAGGGGUUAUUCAGAUUCAGGGUGAUAUCACUAGUCAAGAUACUGCUCUACAAAUCAUCAAACACUUUGAUGGUAAAUUAGCCCAACUGGUUGUGUGUGAUGGUGCCCCAGAUGUUACGGUUUGCAUGAUUUAGAUGAAUAUGUUCAGUCACAUCUUAUUUUGGCUGCUGUAACAAUUUGUUCAAGAGUUCUUGAACUAGGUGGGACUUUUGUGGCUAAAGUUUUUCGUGGACGAGACUCUGGUCUACUAGCUUCACAACUGCGGUGUUUAUUUUCGGGUCAAGUAAGCUUUGCCAAGCCCCGGGCGAGUCGAAAUUCUAGUCUGGAAUCGUUUGUUGUAUGUCGUGGUUUCAUGGGUCCUCGUUUACGAACAAAUUUAGACCCGUCUCCUCCUUGUAAAGGUCAAUCCAUUGAU